AUGGGUUUUAUCGAACCGGGCGACGAGGUCAUCAUCUUUGAACCGUUCUUCGACCAGUAUCUCAGCAAUAUUGAGAUGCCUGGCGGAACAAUCAAAUAUGUCCCUAUGCACCCGCCUGCCGACGGCGCGGAGCGAACAUCCUCCGCCGCGAAUUGGACCAUUGAUUUUGACGAGCUGGAAAAGGCGUUCAACCCCAAGACGAAGAUGAUUGUCUUAAACUCACCUCACAACCCUGUCGGGAAGGUCUUGAACAAGGAAGAGCUAAUACGGAUCGGCGACCUAUGCUUGAAACAUAAAGUCAUCAUCUUGUCAGACGAGGUUUAUGACCGAUUAUACUACGUCCCUUUUACACGAAUAGCCACGCUCUCUCCCGAGCUCGCCAAAAUAACACUCACGGUGGGAUCGGCGGGGAAGAAUUUCUACGCGACGGGCUGGCGCGUAGGCUAUCUGAUCGGCCCGCCAGAGCUGAUCAAAUACGUGGCUGCGGCACACACAAGAAUCUGCUACUCAAGUGUCUCCCCUUUGCAAGAGGCUGCCGCGAUUGGAUUCGAACAGGCGGAUAAAGUUGGAUUCUGGGACCAACAAAUCACCGAGAUGAAGGGCAAAAUGGACCGCUUCUGCCAGAUCUUCGAUGAACUGGGCAUCCCCUAUUCAGUUCCUGAGGGUGGCUAUUUCGUGCUCGCUAACCUAUCAAAGGUCAAGCUCCCGGAAGGCUACAAAUUCCCGGACCAUGUCAGAGACCGACUGCGGGAUUUCAAGAUGUCGUGGUUUUUGAUCAUGGAAUUGGGAGUUGCGGCGAUUCCGCCGAGUGAAUUUUAUACGGACGAGAGGGCACAUUUGGCGGAAGAUUGGAUGCGGUUUGCGGUCUGUAAGAACGAUGAUGUCUUGGAAGAUGCAAAGGACCGAUUGAGGGGCCUAAAGAAGUACAUGACCUGA